UAUCAGUGUUUUAAACUCGGCGUUGUUAUUGUUUUGUUCUCGUUGUGACAGAAUUGUAUUGCUCAGACCCCAUCAUGAAUGAUGUCCGGUGAUGCUAGUGCUGAGGUGUCUGUACCAACAGAUUUAACAGUAACGAGUGAUGGAGAGAGCGAAGAUGGUUUUGCAGCAAGCAGAAGACAUGCCCGUGAGCUUCAGGCUCUGGCUUCAGACAGAGCAGAACUCCAGCGCACUGUGGAGAAGCAAAGACUGGAGCUACAGAACAAGAAAGCUCAGAUAGCAGCUAUUACGGCACAAAAUGAAUCCGCUGUUGCCAGUGCCAUUGCUCAGAAAGAUGACAUCAUUAGCGCCAAACAGAUCCAGGCUAAUAGGCUAGAAGCAGAGUUGGUCAGAACAAGGGAGGAACUAAGCACAAUCAAGGAGAGAGCAGCGAGAGAAUUAGCGCAGCUGGCUCAAAAGUGUGCUACUUUUCAAGAAACUCAAAAGAAAUUAACAUUUCGGCAUGAAGAAUUACGUAGUUCCCUCACAAAUCUCCAGAUAUCAGAAAGUGAAUACAAUCGGCUUCGACGCGUUUCAGCACAGCAGCUUACCCUCCAGCAGUUUACAGCACUGCGAGUGUAUGAAUUAGUUUGGCCUUUGAAGAUAAAAGUUAAUGAGUUAGAAACAGUGAAGUCUUCCUUGGAGAGUUCCCUUGCAGCGAAGGAUUUGGAUCUAAAAGCAAGAAGCGAUCAGUGCCGAAAGCAACAACAAGAGCUAGAAGAUCUGCGCAGUAAGUCAGAGCACUAUGCAAGUCAGCUCCUUAAUUUGAAAGAAGAGCAGAGGUCAGAUGACUACAAGGCUCGCAACUAUCACCGUGUUAAAAGUGAGAGGGACCAGUUAGAAGGGGAGAGGGAGACUCUUACAAGGAAAUCGACAGAACUGGAACUGCUAGUCGCAACACUGAAGAAAGAACGCAGCUUGUUAGAGGAACGUUUUGGUGAGCUUAAGGUAAAGACCAGAAAACAAGAGCACGAUAUAGAUGAACAGCAAGAACAGAUAUCUGAUCUGAAGAGUAAGUUAGAAAGAACCAGUGAAGAACUCAGCUCAACAUGUAAAAAUCUUAGGAUAGAAAGAGACCGAAAUGCCGACUUGCAUGAAAAGUAUAUUUCAAUGAGAGGGGAGGUGACUUCACUUGCAGAAAAUUCUAAUGAUUAUCAGCAUGAAAUACGAGUAUUAAGAGAGAAAUUACAGUCAAGUAAUUCUCAUUGUAACAGUCUUCAAGAAGAUAUAAACCAGCUCACACAGAAAAAUGAUUACCUAUCAGUAGAACUGGAGAAGUAUAAAGCAAGAUAUGAAACAGAGGUGGACAAACUUGAUACAGAGGUCAAAGAACUUAGGCAGAGCAUUAGUUCAUUGUCAAAGAGUCGUGAUGUUCUUGCCGAGGAAAAUGCAAAGCUCCAUCAAGAUAUAGAAAGUGCUAGAAAGGCACUACAGGAAGACAAGUCCUCAAAAGACAGGGAAGUUCUGGCAGUAACUGAAGAACUUAAUAGAGUGAAAAACAUCCUUAAAGGAUAUCAAUCCCUGGAGGCAGAAUAUGAAAAGACCAUCCGAACUGCAGCAACCCUCUCUGAAGAAGAAGCCAAUCGUUUGUUGGACAGAAUGCCCUCAGGAGUUGGUGUUGUAGGAAGCAGAGCUUUAAAUCAGAGUAUCCAGCUUACGAGGAGAGUACUUGAGCUGGAGCGGCAAAAUACAGAUGCUUGCACUACAAUUCAGCAGUUGAGUAAGGCUCUAGAUCAACUUAAGAAUACAAUAGCCUCCUACAAGUCUGCUUUAUCCUUGGCAGGGCAACCAUCAGCAUCUCUCCUACAGCGUAUAGCAUCACAAGAAGAUCAGAUUAUAUCCCUGCAAGAUGCCCUUCAGCAUAACUCAUUAUUACAAGGUACACUAGAAGAAGAAAAUAAAACACUGAUAAGGGACAUUACCAAACUCAAACAAGAAGUUGAGAGAAUGGCCUUUAAUGCGGGGGAGAUUAGUGCAAUUAAGCAGCAGCUACAGCUCCUGCAACAGUCUAUGCCACAGGUACAACAAACUGCUCCGUCAACAAGUAGUCAAAUUAUUCAUGACCACAGAAGAUUUGAACCUCCAACACCGGCCGAGUCGAAAAAGCCUCUUAAUCCAGCAAAGGCUAUAAUUAUUACCAAAGACAAAAGAACUAGAAGUUAAGGAGAUUCUAAAUCAAUAGUACUGUAAAAGGUUUUGAAUUAGUGCUUUCCAUCCAGUCUUUCUCUCUUUUAUAUCCUUAUUUUAUCUCUUGGUUAUGAACUUCAUGAAUUACUCUUGCUCUUUUAAUAGUAUAUUUAUAGAUUUUAAAACGAAACAGACAUUUUGUCCUUAUGUAAUAUACUUUUUGCUGACAGAAGUUUUAAUUUUGAACUUCCAAUUUAGAUGUUAGGAUGUUUUAUAAAUUAUUUAUUUCAAAGGUCUAUCUUCUCGAUAGAAAUUUAUAUUUUUGUAAAUUGUGUUUUACAUUAUAUCACAUGCUGUGUUUUAUGCCAUGAAGUUUCACAUGUAUAAAAUUUAAGACAAUUU